CAAAAAAGCAUGGUCAAAAUUUGACGUCACUCGACCUGACUUUCGAAAAACCACACGUUCCGCAGCCGGAUUUUGCUUGAUAUUUUAGGAAAAUGCCGCCGAAGAAAGGGAAAAAGGGCAAGAAGGACGAUGGGUUCAACUCUGACGAAGAUACGGCCGUCGUCAGCAUGGUCGAGACCGACGCGAAGCCUGUGAAAAAGGGAAAAGGAAAAUCAAAAGCAGUCGACGACGAAAUAGAAGUGGCCCCGGCGAAACCAGCUGCUGCCAAAAAGGAAAAGAAGAAGGGCCGCAGAAAAGGUGACAGCAGUGAGGAUGAGGAAUCGAUCGAAGAGCCAAAGCCAGUGGCAAAGAAAAAAGGUGGAAAGGGCAAAAAAACCGCAGACAGUGAUGAGGAAAAUGAAGUUGUGCAGCCUUCAGUGCCCAAAAAGGAGAAGAAGAAGGGCAAGAAAAACAGAGUGGAUGAGGACAGUGCGUCAGACGAGGAUAUUUUGAAGAAGAAACUGGAGGGCAGUGACGACGAAGAGGUUGUCCAGCCCGUCGGAAAGAAAAACAAGCAGAAGGGCAAAAAUAAGAAGAAGCAGGAGGAGAGCGGGUCGGAGGACGAGGAGGACACGAUUCCAAAGCCUGUUAGCAAAAAGACUAAGGGAAAGCCCAAGAAGAAGGAGGAGAGUGAAGAGGAAGAUUUUGAACUGGACGAAGAGGAGAUCGAGGAGGACAUUCCAAAGCCAGUUGCUAAGAAAAAUAAGGGCAAGCCGAAAAAGAAAGCAGAAAGUGAGGAAGAGGAGCUUCUUGAAGAAGAGGAAGUGCCAAAGCCUGUUGGCAAAAUAGACGAGGCCAAAUCAAAGAAGAAAGAGGAGAGUGAGGAUGAUGAAGUUAAGGAGGUGUUGACAAAGAACGGGAAUGAUGAUGCCAGUGCCGUAGACAAGCUAGCCGAGCAGACUGCUAGUCUCAAUAUUGAAGAGGAGCCACAAAUGGAUAACAAUAAAGAUGAAGAUGCUAAGCAGCCUAAAGAUAUGGACAAGAAAAUGACGCACAAAGAAAAGAAAAAGCUGAAGAAGCAGCAGGAGUACGAGCAGCAGGUGGAGCUGAUGACCAAGAAGGGUGGUCAAGGUCACAGUGCUCUUGGAGACAACUUCACCGUGUCACAGGCCGACCGGUCUGCUGGUCAGACACAGGCCCUCGAGCAUGCUGUUGACAUCAAGGUGGAGAACUUUAGCAUCUCUGCAAAGGGCAAGGACCUUUUUGUGAACGCCUCCCUACUGAUUGCUAGUGGCCGCAGAUAUGGUCUUGUUGGUCCUAAUGGCCAUGGCAAAACAACCCUUUUGCGCCACCUUGCUGCCCGUGCCUUCAACAUUCCACCCAACAUUGAUAUUCUCUACUGCGAGCAGGAAGUUCAGGCUGAUGACAAAUCGGCCGUGGACACUGUCCUGAUUGCCGACGUGAAGCGGACAGAGCUGAUGGCUGAGUGUGCCAAGCUGGAGGCCGAGUCUGACCUCAACAGCCAGGACAGACUGAAAGAGGUGUAUGAAGAACUGAAGGCCAUUGGCGCCGACUCGGCCGAACCGCGCGCCAGACGAAUCUUGGCUGGUCUUGGAUUCACAAAGGAAAUGCAGAACAGAGCGACCAAGAAUUUCUCAGGUGGUUGGAGAAUGAGAGUUUCACUUGCGAGGGCGCUAUUUGUCGAACCGACCUUGCUGCUGCUUGACGAACCUACCAACCACUUGGAUCUGAACGCUGUCAUUUGGCUUGACAACUACUUGCAAGGAUGGAAGAAGACUCUGUUGAUUGUUUCUCACGACCAGAGUUUCUUGGACAACGUGUGCACAGACAUCAUUCAUCUGGACCAGUGCAAACUUUUCUACUACAAGGGCAACUACUCCAUGUUUAAGAAAAUGUUCCAGCAAAAGAGGAAGGAGCAGAUAAAGGAGUUUGAAAAGCAGGAGAAGAAAAUUAAAGAAUUGAAGUCUCAAGGGCAGUCAAAGAAAGCUGCUGAGAAAAAACAAAAAGAAGUGCUUACAAGAAAGCAAGAAAAGAACAGAAACAAAACCCAAAAACAAGAGGACGAGAAUGGACCUACGGAGUUACUGCAGAAACCGAGGGAAUAUCUGGUCAAAUUCUCAUUCCCUGACCCUCCGCCCUUGCAGCCACCUAUUCUCGGCUUGCAUAAUGUGACCUUCAACUACCCUGACCAGAAGAAUAUCUUAGAAAAUUGUGAUUUUGGUAUUGAUAUGGCGUCAAGAGUGGCAAUUGUCGGACCUAAUGGUGUUGGAAAAUCAACCUUCCUCAAGUUGCUGACUAGUGAUCUGGAGCCAAAACAGGGUGAAGUCAGGAAGAACCACAGACUGCACAUUGGAAGGUUUGACCAGCAUUCAGGAGAGCACUUAACUGCUGAGGAGACGCCGUCCGAGUACUUGAUGAGACUGUUUGAUCUACCUUACGAAAAAGCAAGAAAGCAGCUUGGAACGUUUGGUCUUUCCAGUCACGCACACACAAUUAAAAUGAAGGAUCUUUCCGGCGGUCAAAAGGCAAGAGUUGCCUUGGCUGAGCUGUGUCUAAACGCUCCCGACGUUGUCAUUUUGGAUGAACCUACCAAUAACUUAGACAUCGAAUCAAUUGAUGCCUUGGCAGACGCAAUCAAUGACUACAAAGGAGGUGUAAUUAUCGUGAGUCACGACGAGCGUCUAAUUCGAGAUACAAACUGCUCUCUUUGGGUCAUCGAGGACAAGACAAUCAAUGAGCUGGAUGGUGACUUUGACGAUUACAGAAAGGAGCUUCUAGAACUUCUGGGAGAACAGAUCAACAACCCGAGUAUUGCAGCCAACUCUGCCUUCCAGCAGUGAAUAAAUUUAUUUAAGAAAUGUGCAUGCUUAAAUUAAACUCCAUUAUACAUGAUUAUUUUAUAAAUUGGUCUUUUA